AUGGUCACCUAUCAAGGCUCGGCAGACUCCUACACCAGCCGGCCGUCGGACUCGGACGUGUCCCUGGAAGAGGAUCCCGAGGCUCUGAGGAAGGAGGCCGACAGACAGGCUCUCGCCACACUCGAGAAAGCGAAGACCAAACCAGUGGCGUUUGCUGUGCGCACAAAUGUCGGCUACAACCCGGGCCCCAGUGAUGACGUUCCCGUGCAGGGCAUGGCCAUUUCCUUCGAAGCCAAAGACUUCUUGCACAUUAAAGAGAAGUACAACAACGACUGGUGGAUCGGGCGCCUGGUGAAGGAGGGCUGUGAGGUGGGCUUCAUUCCCAGCCCCGUCAAGCUGGAGAACACCCGUUUGCUGCAGGAACAACGGAUGAGACAAAACCGGCUCAGCUCCAGUAAAUCAGGAGGAAGUUCUAGUCUGGAUGUCGCUACGGGAACACGCAGGCCCACUCCCCCCGGCACAGCUCACUUGGACACGUCCACGGGGUCCUUUGACGGUGACCCCCUGGACCUGGAUGCCGAGGAGCCCCCUGAGUUCCAGGGUGACGCUCGCUCCUCGAAGGGCAUGUCAGGCAGUGUAACAUCCCCCCAGGCCAACGCCCACCGCCUGCCCUUCUUUAAGAAGAUGGAGCACGUCCCCCCCUAUGAUGUGGUUCCCUCCAUGAGACCCAUCAUUCUCGUGGGUCCUUCGCUCAAAGGUUACGAGGUGACAGACAUGAUGCAGAAAGCCCUCUUUGACUUUCUGAAACACAAGUUUGAGGGCAGGAUAUCCAUCACACGAGUGACGGCGGACAUCUCUCUGGCCAAGCGUUCAGUCCUUAACAACCCCAGCAAACACACCAUCAUCGAGCGCUCCAGCACUCGCUCCAGCCUGGCGGAGGUGCAGAGUGAGAUCGAGAGGAUCUUCGAAUUGGCCCGCACCCUCCAGCUUGUUGCUCUCGACGCAGACACCAUCAACCACCCCUCCCAGCUGGCUAAGACAUCUCUGGCUCCCAUUAUUGUUUAUAUUAAAAUCGCCUCGCCCAAGGUUCUCCAGAGGCUCAUCAAAUCCAGGGGGAAAUCCCAGGCUAAACACUUAAACGUGCAGAUGGUCGCAGCAGAUAAACUGGCUCAGUGCCCACCCGAGCUGUUCGACAUCAUCCUGGACGAGAACCAGCUGGAGGACGCGUGUGAACACCUGGCCGACUACCUGGAGGCGUACUGGAAGGCCACGCACCCCCCGAGUAGCAACCCCCCCAACCCGCUGCUCAACCGCACCAUGGCCACCGCGGCGCUGGCCGCCUCCCCCGAGCCCGUCUCCAACCUGCAGGGUCCAGGGUACCUGGUGCACGGGGAGCAGAAGCGAGAGGGGGGUCUGACCGAGAGUGGCGGCGGAGGCGGUUCUCUGCGCGACUACCAGGCCGACCUGGGCGGAAAGCCUCCCCAGCAGCAGCAGCAGCAGCAGCAGGCCUACCUGCGCUCGUCCCGCGGCCACCUGCGGGGGGGCAGCGGGCGGGGCCUGUCCCGGCAGGACACCUUUGACUCUGAGACCCAGGGCAGCCGGGACUCGGCCUACACCGAGGCGGGGGACUCCUGCAUGGACAUCGAGACCGACCCCUACGAAGAGCCCGAGCCCUACCGCGGCGGGGGGGGGAACAGCAGCCGCCUGCACCUGGCCCAGCACCACGGCCGGCAGGCCUCCUGGGAGGACGAGGGCGCCGAGCCGGACCAGGAGAACCUGAACCACCCCCCGGCGCCCAGUCAGACGGCGCCGCACGGCCGCGCCAAGCUGAGGGAGCGCUACUGCCAGGACCCCGCCGACACGGGGGCCAGCCUGGCCCGCAACAAGAACCAGGACGACUGGGGGAGGGACGUGUACAUCCGCUGA